UAAUUGUGGGUUUCCCUUUUAUUUAUGUCUCCUAACUCACUGGCUUCAACGAGAACUCCACCACCACUCUCAAUAGUAUUCCAUGCCCGACACCAGCACCAGCACUAGCACCUGUAGAGAAAGAAGAAGCAAAUCUCUAGAGAGAGAAAAAUUUUCUACAAAGUUCUAGAGAGAGAGUGUGUGAGUGUAAAGGGGAAAGAGCCAGAGGUUUUACUUAUGAUUUGAUCUGAUUUUGAUCAGAAAAAUCGAAAAGGAGAAGUUUAUUACUUUGUUGAAGUUUCUAUUUUUGGAUGAGAAUUUGAAGAAUUAAGGAAGCAAUGGAAUCGGAUCUUCAGCAGCAUCACAAACCCCAGCAGCAUAUGAACUCUGGCUUGAUGCGGUACCGGUCAGCUCCCAGCUCAUAUUUCACAAACAUUUUGGACUCAGAGCUUUAUGAGCCGUUUUUCAAUCGGCCUUCUAGCCCUGAAACCGAGAGGAUUUUGUCCCGGUUUCUGGCUAGUGAAGGUGGUGGUAAUGGAGGAGGAGGAGGUGGCGGUGGUGAAGGAACAGAACAAAUUGCAUCACAACACAAAGUAGCAACACAGGUUAAUAAUCAGCAACCACAAUUUUUGGUGCCUAAGGUGGAUGAUGAAAUGGAGGUGAUUCAACAGCAUCAGCAGCAGCAACAGCAGCAGCAGCAGCAGAGCAAUUUGAACAACUAUUCAUCUGUUGCUCAAGGAUUUUACCAAAGUCCAGCGGCAAAACCGCCUUUACCUAAUCAGAACUUGACAUCAGCUAAUGAAGGAGCUUAUUCAAUGAGGGGAAGUCAUUUGCCUCCUAUGAAAACCGGUGGUGGUGUCGCGAAUUCCAAUCUCAUUCGGCAUAGUAGCUCACCUGCUGGAUGGUUCUCCAAUGUGAACAUUGAUGUGGCAGGCUGUGCUGCAUUGAGAGGAAUGGGAAACUUCGGAGCACGUGAUAGCGCUAAUGAAGAAGCAUCUUUUUCUCCUGCAAGCAGGUUGAAAAAUUUCUCUUCAGUUCCACCAUCUACAUCGGGGCUAAUUAGUCCGAUUUCUGAAAUUGGGAACAAAAGAAUGCGAUCGAAUGGUCAAGAUGCUGGAGCUUUUGGGGAUGGCCGCGGUAACAAUUAUGUGACUGGUUUCCCAAUGGAUUCAUGGGAUGACUCUGCGAUUCUUGGUGAUGAUAUCAGCGGUUCAACAGGCUUUAGGGAUGACGAUGUGAAAGCAUACACUGGUUUAAGUCCAUCCGAAACUCAGGAUGUAGAGGCCGGAAGUCGCCCUCCUACACUUCUAGCUCAUCACUUGAGCUUGCCAAAAACAGCCACUGAGAUGGCUGCCAUUGAAAAGUUUUUACAGCUCCAAGAUUCUGUUCCUUGUAAGAUUCGAGCAAAGCGGGGCUGUGCAACACACCCAAGAAGCAUUGCUGAGAGGGUGAGAAGAACCCGAAUUAGCGAACGAAUGAGGAAACUACAAGAGCUUGUACCGAACAUGGACAAGCAAACAAACACUUCAGACAUGUUGGAUUUGGCAGUUGAGUACAUUAAAGACCUUCAAACUCAAGUCCAGACGCUCUCUGAACAUCGUGCCAAGUGUACCUGUUCAAACAAGCAGCAGUAGCAACACCAAAAUGUAGGAGGGACUUUGCUUUUCAUGUACAGAACCAUUAGAAGUUGGAAAGAAGAUAGAUGGCCGCUGGAGCUUUCUGGGGUUCUCUUUUGUACUUAAAAAUGGACAGUUCGGUUAUUUCUUUAUGUGGGUGGAGAGGGAAAAGAAGAAAAAAGGGGCUGCUAAAAGCUGAUGUCUAAGAUCCAAAACCCACUGCUGGCAUUAAAAGAACGCAUGCUGUAUAGUAAUAUUCUGUGGUGAAUGUGACGUUACAUGCUUACGGUUGUGGAGCUCAAGCAAUUUAUCAAAUCCCCAGUUCCCAUCAGAAGAGACGGAAUUACACAAAGAUUCUAAUUAUGCAACGUUAUGUGAGAAAGUAACAUAUAAAGUGAAAACACAUGGCGACGUCUACAGACAAACAUGCUUUUUCCUGGCAUAAUUGGAGGAAAAAUGAGUGAAGCAAAUUAAAGAGCACAUGAUUACUAAAUGAGCAUUCUCUCUUUGCUUUUAUUUUUAGGCAUCAAAUUGCACCCAUGCAGUCAAGGAUGCUAACUGUUCUUGUUGCCCAUUUUCGAUUCAAUAAUGGAGGUUCAAAUAUUUCA